UCGAUAGUUGACAAGCUGGAAUGCACUGCGGAUGCAACACUUUGAUACGGCAGAAAAGGGCGCGCUAGACAGAUGUGGCUGACCCCCCUAGUCGGUCGUGGCCAAUGGCGAUUUGCGAAUAACGCCAUGUCCAUAGCCUCGCCAGGAAUCCAUGGCCAGUCGAGAGAUAGCAAACGCCGCCCCCUCUCCCCUCUUUUGCAGGUCUGGCUAAUAUCUACCCAUUACCUAAAUCGCCGCGUAAGUGCCUAGCGCUCGCUUGCUUGCUUGCCUGCCCGCCCGCCGCCGCCAUGAGGCCGACGAGACGCGCCGCCUUUGCGGCGCUCGCAUUGUCAUCAUGUCGUCUCGCAGCAUCGCAGUGGCCGAGCCUGCCAACAUGCGCGGAGUCCUGCGUCGUGUCCUCCAUCACGUCGACCAACUGCGACACCGUCGCCACGGGCGACGCGUGCCUGUGCACGAGCAACGCCUUCGUGGUGGGCGUGGCGUGCUGCGCCAAGGCCGCCUGCUCGAGCGCCGACCUGGCCGCCACCGUCGAGUUCUUCAGCUCGUUCUGCGCUAGCGAGGGCAUCGCCCUGCCCGCCACCCUCGUCUGCGACGGCGUCGCUGUCACGACCCCCUCGGCCACGCCGCCCCUUUCGCCAUCCCCUUCCACCCCUAUCAGCUCCUCGCAGCAGCAGCAGCAGCCAUCGCAGAGCACGGCCGACGCCCCCUCCCCUCCUUCCUCUCCGUCACCGUCGGCGAGCGCGGCCGGCACCCCCCCCCUCUCCUCCUCUGUCACACUGCAGAGCUCGACCACCCUCCCCAGCUCGCAGACCACGCCAGCCACGACCAAGACGAUAUUACAGACCAUCUUGUCGACACCGACUACGCCUGUGGAACAAGCCGGCAGCGGCAGCGGUGAUGACAGCGGUGGCGGGCUCAGCACGGGCGCGAAGGCAGGGAUCGGCGCGGGCGCCGCAGUAGGCGGGCUGGCGGUGUUCGCGGCAGUGGCAGCAUUUCUCGUCAUGCAGAAGAGGAAGCGGGCCGGUGCUGCGGCGGCAGGCGGCGGAAGGGCGGAGCUUGCAGCCGACGGGCAGCAGCCGCAGGAGUGGUUCGAGAAGGACGGCGUCGAGGCCCAGCAGGGCCACGAGGCCACUGCGAAGGAGUGGAAGGCCGACCAGGGCGGCCUGAACGGGCUCGCGCUGCUCGAGCCGCAUGAGAUGCCCCUGGCGCAGCGGGCGCAGGCGCACGAGCUGCCUUAGGCUAUAGCCAAGUUUAGGAAGACCCGAAUAGUAAUAUAAUAACAAAGUAUUCAAGC